AUGCAAGCGUUGGUCCAAACUCAACCUUUGCAAUCUACACCAGUUUCUUUACAACAAGUUCCUCCAAAUGUUAAAAAUAUUGAUCCUAUAGUCCAGUCUACUGCUGAUACUUGGCUAUCUAUAGCUUCCUUAGCUGAAACUCUUAAUGACACUACAACCCUAAUAAGAGCCUAUCACUCUGUGUUAGCUCAUGAUCCUCUUAGUGUCACUGCUUUGGUAUCGUUAGCCAAUUUUUAUCGUUCAACUGAUGCUUUCGAUAAGGCUGUUCAUUAUUAUGAAAAAGCUGUAGCUUUAGAUUCUACUCUAGCUGAGGUCUGGUCUUUAUUAGGCCAUUCAUAUUUAAUGUUGGAUGAACUACAAAAGGCUUAUAACGCUUACCAACAGGCUUUAUAUCAUUUAGCUGACCCUAAUGUACCAAGAUUAUGGCAUGGUAUCGGGAUACUAUAUGAUAGAUAUGGUUCUCUCGAAUAUGCAGAAGAGGCAUUUGCCAAAGUGUUGGAAUUAGAUCCAAAAUUUGAUAAAGCAAACGAAAUAUAUUUCAGAUUAGGUAUAAUUUACAAACACCAAGGAAAAUUUAAUCAAGCUCUAGAUUGUUUUAAUUAUAUAUUGACAAAUCCGCCACAACCAUUGAAACAGUGGGAUAUUUGGUUUCAGAUCGGUAACGUUUUGGAAAAUAUAGGUGUUUGGGAAAAUGCUAAAAUUGCUUAUGAAAAUGUCCUAUUACAAAAUGAUAGACAUGCCAAGGUCUUACAACAAUUAGGUUGCUUAUACGCAAUGAAUAAUAAUUUAAAUUUUUAUAACCCUGAAAAGGCUCUCAAUUAUUUACUUCGUUCCUUAGAGGUGGAUAGUGAAGAUUCAACUACAUGGUAUCACCUUGGUAGAAUUCAUAUGAUUAGAAGCGAUUACAAUGCUGCUUAUGAAGCAUUUCAACAAGCAGUCAAUAGAGAUGCGAGAAAUCCAAUAUUCUGGUGUUCUAUUGGGGUAUUGUAUUACCAGAUUUAUCAAUAUAGGGAUGCUUUAGAUGCUUAUACAAGAGCAAUUAGAUUAAAUCCAUACAUUAGUGAAGUAUGGUAUGACUUAGGUACAUUAUAUGAAACCUGUAACAAUCAAUUAACUGACGCGCUGGACGCUUACAAACAAGCGGCAAGAUUAGAGCCUGAUAAUACUCAUAUUAGAGAAAGAUUGGACGCUCUUACAAAUCAACUAUCAACUCAACAGGGAAAUAUUAAUCAAAAAAUAGAAUAUCAAAAAAAGAAUGAAAAUAUUCCAUUAAUGCUACAACCGACUUUACAACCAGAUCUAUUAAAUCCUCUAAAUAUGGGACAAAAUUAUAAUAAAGUACACCUAAACCCGACUAUUUUACCAAAUCAGGCACUUCAUCCUAUAGGACCACAGCCUCCAUCAUUAAUUCCACCAAUUUUAAAUCAUGAAAAGUCACUUCCUCAAAAAAGACCAUUUGAAAACAAUAUCAACAAGUUAGUUAGUGCAGCUGUUUCAAAUUCAAAAUCCUCGAAUAAAUCCACCCCACAGUCUGGACAACAAAAACAAAAAAGAGCCAAAACCAAAAAAUCUGUAAAUAAUUCUAAAUCUCAAAUUACAAAGAAUGCUGAUAAUCCAAGUUCAAAAAUUUUAUCCAAGAGUAUAAAUAUAGCCACACAGAGUAGUAAGUCUAAUGGGAAAGAAACCAAAAACAAAUCUGUAAAUAUAAAAGAGAAAAAUAGCGCCAAAGGAUCAUCUAAAAAAUCGAAGUCAUCAGAAAAGACAAAGUCUGAUUAUCAAAAAAUUAAUAACAAAUCGAAUUCAAAUAAGAAUGUGACAGUAUCUGAUAAGAAAGUGACAAAUGUAGCUGAAAAAAUUGAAAAAGAAGAUAAUAAGAUGGCGAAGAUUGAAAAUUUGAGUAAAAUUGAGAUUAAAAAUACUAAUGAAUGUGUUAAUAAACCAGUACUUUUACCAAUACAAAAUUUGGCAUUAGAGCCUGAUAGAGGAAUAAAUAUUGUUAAUACAAAGAGUGUAGCAAACUCGUCGAUACCAAGAAGUGGCAUUGAUAAUUUGAUCAAUGCAACAAAAUAUACUGCGGAAAAUCAUGACCCCAUGGCAGUUAAAAUUCAGUUACCGAGAUUAAAGGAAAUUACUGGACAUAUUGGACCUACUAUUCCUAAUAAAACGAAUAUGCAUGAGAAUUCUCAUGAUUUAAAUUAA